AUGGCGCCCGCAGACCCUGACGGUCCUAGCAACGAGACAGUCGAGCCCGCUUCGACGACAGCGCCAGACACGACCGAAACCGACACCCCAUCUCCCGACGCACUACAACCUCAAUCCCAAGUCUCAACAACAACAACAACAUCACCACCAACCGAAUCACCACCUCCACGCCCCCAUAGAGUGUACACCCGUGCUCAACUCCUGCGCUUGUCCAAGUCGCCGCUCGUGCAGCCCCCGCCUGGCCUGCCACCUCUCAAAGAAUGGUUUGGUGAUUGGAACGAUUCCUCGCUCCCCGGCAAAAAGGAUGCCGACGCCUCAUCGACCGCGAACGGAGCCCGAGAAAGACGAUUCCGCAGAGACGCAGAAGACUCAGACCUCCCCGCUCGCCCCGCAUUCCGCGCGACGCUCACCCAGCCCUCGCAAAUGGGCAACUUCAAGCACCACUCCUCCCUCCGCGCCACCGACCGCGAGGCGAAGGAGCGCGAGCGCGACAAGGAGGGCCAGGAGAAGCUGCGCAACCUAUCGGAGAAGUAUGACCGCGACCGCCUCACGCUCGCCACAAGCGGCAGCGGCGGCGCCAAAAGAGACCUCGCUCCUCACCUCACCUCGGCCGCACCCUCCCGACUGGGCGCUGCGUCCUCGACCACCACCACCACGGGAUCCGCCACCAGCGCUGCCCCUAGAAGAGGAGAAGGCCGCGACCGGGACGGGGCGAAGAAGAAGCCCGGCGAAACCGAGGACUGGCGGAGAGGUGCCGAACCGCCGCGAGGCCGUGAUGAACGAACCGAUGGGCGUGCUGAUCGUGAUGACCGUGACCGCCCGCGCUCCAAAGGCCGCGCCACCUCCAAAGCACGACGCGAUCCAUCUGCCGGUCGGCGCGACUGGGAACGCGAAGACAAGGAGCGCGAGCGGGACCGGGACAGGCGCCGCGACCGCCGUGGCGACGCCGGAGCCGCCGCCAAAGACGACGACCGCCACUGGCGGGACGACGGCAAGCGUGAUGAACGACUCGCGGCGCGGCGACGUGAGCGCGAUUCCGACCGCGACAAACACACGGACGAGCGCGAACGGCGAGGCGGACGCGACAAAGACAGAGAGAAGGAGAGGGGGGAGAGAGACAACAGGGAGAGAGAUAGGGGAGAGAGGGAGAAGGAGAAAGAGCCGGCGUGGAUGGAGGCUUACGUGCCAUCGUCGGCUGGGAGCGGAAUCCUUGGCGGCAAGUCGGCUGAGGGCGAGCUCGAUGGGCUGCAGGCGUGGAAGAUGGGGAUGAAGGCGAAGGAGCAGCGCGAGCGCGAGCGGGCAGAGGCGAAGGAACGGAAGGAUCGGGGUGAGGAAAAGAAGGCUGAGAAGGUGGAGGGUGAGCCAGGCAAAGAGGCGACAGCGUCAGGCCUGGACGAGAUACAGCUUUUCAAGCUGAUCAUGAAGAAGGAAGAGGAGAAGAAGAAGGCAGGGUCGCCCGAGGCUCCUGCCGCACCCGACGCUCCGACCGUGAAGGCUCCAGCCGAACUACCUGCCCCAUCUGCGCCUCCGGGUCUCCCCGCGCCCUCGCCGGCUGCAGACACGAAGUCGGCCAGUGCGGAACCGCCCCGCAAUAACGCUCCCGACGCCCUUGCGGAUGGCCCACGCUCGUUGCUCACUCUGCUUACCGGCGCAGAGCUCGCGCCCGCUCCUGCUCCGGCCCCCAUUCCAGACCGCACGGGCUCGCGCCUCUUCUCCAAGCCGCUUCACUCUGAAGCGCCUUUGGCGGCGGCGCCACAAUCACAACCACAGCAACCACUACAACCACAACAGCAGCCACCACUGCAACAGCAGCAAAGCUUCACGCCACCCCCUGGGCCGCGUUUGCUCGCCCUCAGCGGGCGUACUGCUUCUGCCGGCGGCGCGGGCCCACCGCUCGUUACUCCCACUCCCGCCGACCUCGCCGCCGCCGCGCCUCGCCUUCCGUCGCGUGCAAGCGCGACACCGGACCCGCUCGACCGCUUCCCACCGCACGCGUACCACCAAGCCUUCCACGACGCGGGCCCUCCAGGACCAGGACCGUUCCCCGCUCGCGCGACCCCGCCGUUCGCCGACGGCCGCAAAACACCCUCCGAUACGGGCGCAGGCGGACCGAAGGGCAGCCGGUUCGCCAAGUUCUUUGACAAAGGGCGAGAGGUGGUGCCGCCACCGUCUCAGCUUCCGCAGCAGCUGCCUCAGGAGAUGAUGCGCCCCCAGGGAUUGUCGCCCACGCCGCCGCUCGGAGGUGGCACGAUGGAUCAUCUCUAUGCUAUGCUUAACACCUCUGGACAGACGGCGCGUGUUCAUCCACAAGCUCAGUUGAACGGGCUUGACGCGCGGGACCUUCAUCGUCUCCAGCAGCAGCAACAGCAGCAGCAGGCCCUGAUGCUUGCCGGUGGGCGGGACUUCAACGAUCGCCUCAACGAUCGGCUCGACGACCGGACCUUCACGCCAGACGGAAUGGUGCCGGGGCUGCGUACCGCGCCCGCGCCCCGUGGGCGAGAGCUGUCGAUGUACGACCAGUUCGACGACGGCCUGCGCGCUCGUGCACGGCAGAUCGAGCAACAGCAGCGUCUCGAGCUCCAGCGCCUCGAGCAGCAACAACGCCUCGAGCAGCAGGCGCGCCUCGAACAGCAAGCGCGCCUCGAGCAGCAGCGCCAGCUCGAGCAGGCGCGUCUCGAGCAGAUGCAGAUGCUCGCGCAGGGCGGCGGGAUGCACCAGCUCCCGCAUCACCAACAACACAAUCUCCCGCACCAGCUCCCGCACCACCAGCAACAACCGCAUCGCAUCCCAGGGCUCCCAUUGCAGCAGCCGCAUUUCCGAAACGCGCCCUCGCCGCUUUCCGCGCAGCUGCUUCACGGCGGGCAGCAGCGUCUCCCCCCCGGGCUCGCCAAUCUCGGCAACCGCCCGCCGCACGACCCGGCGCAAUUCGCCGCCAGUAUGGGCCUGCCUCCGACCGCCGCCGCCAACGCCGGGUUCCAGAACGGGUUCAGCACCCAUCACAACAACAAUAACGGCAAUAUCGGUGGACCUGGCUUCGGCCUCGGCGGCCCCCCUCAGCAUAUGCGAGGAUCACCGCAUCACAUGCAAGGCGACCUGGGGCCUGGCGUAGGCGCGAUAGGCGUCCAACAGCAGCAACAACCACAGCCGGAUCUGCGGGGGAUCAGCCAGGCACAGCUCCUCGCUCUCGGCCUCGGCCGGGGCGGCCCCGGCGCACUUGGGCAACAGCAGCCGCAGCAGGCGGGCCUGAACGUGAACGCGAUGGCGCUGCGACAGGCGCAAUUGCAGCAGCAGCUCCAUCAACGCGCGCCGUCGCACUCGCUCGCGGGUCCGCCGGGGAUCGGUGGGCCGCUGUUGGGGCAGCAGCAGCAGCAGCCGCUCGGCGGAUAUCAGGGCUCGGACCAAGCGCACGAUUUGAUGGCGCUGCUCAUGGGCAACAGGAACUAACUUGUCUGCGGGGCGAUCGCGCGCGUUAUCUCUUCUCUAUUUUGCCCUCGUCUCUUCGCUCCGUUCGUCUUGUUCAAAACGAUGAUCAUUCUGUACCGUGCGCGCUUGUUUGACCGAGUUUCAUGAGUUUUGGACAGCGUUCACGGGGGGUUUAGGGGCUUGUUGCUUCUGUCUUUGCUCUUCGCUCGCCGAGACAACGAUGUUGCGUCGUGCGUCGGGACAUUUCCAUUAUCGGGAUCGGGCGCCCUCGGGGGGAUGGCUUGCAGCGCCACUUGCGUAAUCUCCCAUGCGUUCUCUGAUCUCGUGCGGGGUCGUCGCUUGCCAGCGCAUCGCCGCGCGGGCCUCGUGGAGAUUCAUAGAGACGAAAGAUUCCCGCUGGGCUCUGAGGAUCCGAUGGGGCGGGAACAUUGGCAGACAAUGUCAGUACGAUAAAUCAAC